AUGGCGAAAGGUCCUGCAGAGUUCGCCCACGGAUGGAUGUUCAUCGGGUUUUUCAUAAACUGCCUCCUCAUGGGCAUGAUGACGCUCCAGGUGUACAACUACUAUGUCACGUAUAAAAAAGACAAGCUGUGGAUAAAGAUCUUUGUGGCAGUUUUAUAUUUUGCCGAUCUCUACAACACUAUGAUCAUCUUCGCGUAUCUCUACCGCACGCUCAUUACAUUUUUCGGCGACGUUGAUAAUUUAAUUAAAACUGACUGGCUCUUUGCGAGCGAGCCGGCCAGUACCGGUGUAAUCGCAACCGCGGUCCAACUUUUCUUCGCUUGGCGCAUACAGGUCUUAACCAAAUCGUUGAUCAAGGCGCUCGUGAUCGCGUCGCUUGCGAUUACAGCUGGCGUAUGCUCUAUCAUCACUGGUUACGAGGUUGGGCGAAGGGAGACUUUCGCGUCCUUCGCGUCGUACAAGCAUAUCGUGAUCAUCUGGCUGCGGAAACAUAAAACCGGCUUCCAGCGUUCGGACAUGAUGAUUGAUAGAAUAAUCCGAGUCGCCGUGCAAACCGGUCUCCUCACGAUGAUAGUCGCUACCGCCGACCUGAUCGUCUACCUUGCGGACCCAACCGGAACGCACCUAAUGCUCAACUACCCCCUCUCGAAGCUCUACUCGAACUCUCUCAUGAGCAGCCUCAACUCGCGCCGAGGAUGGAAGUACGACGAGAGCGCAAACACCGAUACUGACCCGGUCAUCACGACGGGAAAUAUCAAGCAGCAUAACAUCCAGAUUACGAGCAUGAAGGACACGGAUGCUCGUACCCACCCAGAGGUGUUUGUUCACGUCGAGUCGCAUGAGUUGCGAGACGUUAAGCCGAACGAUCUGGAGUAUGCGAGUAAGCGCCGAUCGUUGGCUCCCUAA